CCGGGCAGCGUCCAAGUGCUCCACUGAAAAGAAAAACAAUGACUGGGCGAGCCAGAGCCAGAGCAAGAGGGAGGGCCCGAGGGCAGGAGCUGGCACAACAUGUGGGCGCUGCUGCAAGUCAGCAACCUGGUUAUAUCCAGCCUAGACCUCAACAGACACCAGUGGAGGGGGAAUUAAUUGGCCGUGGACGCCAGCGAGGACCAGUAGGAGCAACAGCCAAGUCAGAAGAACUCCAGAUAUCUGCUGGGUUUCAAGAGUUGUCCUUAGCAGACAGAGGUGGGCGUCGCAGAGACUUUCAUGACCUUGGAGUGAACACGAGACAGAACCUUGACCAUGUGAAGGAGUCAAAGACAGGCACCUCGGGCUCUAUCGUAAGGCUGAGCACCAACCAUUUCCGACUGACAUCCCGUCCCCAGUGGGCCCUGUACCAGUAUCACAUUGACUAUAACCCACUGAUGGAAGCCAGGAGACUCCGCUCUGCUCUGCUUUUCCAGCAUGAAGAUCUGAUUGGAAGGUGUCAUGCUUUUGAUGGAACAAUAUUGUUUUUACCUAAAAGACUACAGCACAAGGUUACAGAAGUGUUCAGUCAGACCAGGAACGGGGAGCAUGUGAAGAUAACGAUCACCCUAACAAACGAGCUGCCCCCAACGUCCCCGACCUGCUUGCAGUUCUACAAUAUCAUAUUCAGGAGGCUUCUGAAGAUCAUGAAUCUGCAGCAAAUUGGACGGAAUUAUUAUAACCCAAGUGAUCCGAUUGAUAUUCCAAAUCAUAGGCUGGUGAUCUGGCCAGGCUUUACGACAUCCAUUCUUCAGUAUGAAAACAACAUCAUGCUCUGCACAGAUGUCAGUCACAAAGUCCUUCGCAGUGAGACGGUGUUAGACUUCAUGUUCAACUUGUACCAUCAGACCGAAGAGCAUACAUUUCAAGAACAAGUCUCUAAGGAACUGAUAGGUUUAAUUGUUCUUACCAAGUAUAACAACAAGACGUACAGAGUAGACGACAUUGAUUGGGACCAGAACCCUAAGAGUACCUUUAAGAAAGCUGAUGGUUCUGAAGUCAGCUUUUUGGAGUACUACAGGAAGCAAUAUAACCAAGAAAUCACCGACUUGAAGCAACCAGUGUUGGUUAGUCAGCCCAAGAGGAGGAGGGGCCCUGGGGGCUCACUGCCAGGACCCGCCAUGCUCAUUCCUGAGCUCUGCUACCUGACAGGUCUGACUGAUAAGAUGCGGAAUGACUUCAACGUGAUGAAAGACCUUGCUGUUCAUACACGACUGACUCCCGAGCAGAGGCAGCGGGAAGUCGGCCGGCUCAUUGACUACAUCCAUAAAGACGACAACGUGCAGAGGGAACUGCGAGACUGGGGUUUGAGCUUUGACUCUAACCUACUGUCCUUCUCAGGAAGAAUUCUGCAAACAGAAAAGAUUCACCAAGGUGGAAAAACAUUUGAUUACAACCCACAAUACGCAGACUGGUCAAAAGAAACCAGAGGGGCCCCACUCAUCAGUGUCAAGCCCCUGGACAACUGGCUGCUGAUCUACACUCGGAGAAACUAUGAGGCUGCAAAUUCACUGAUCCAAAACCUGUUUAAAGUCACUCCAGCCAUGGGCAUACAGAUGAAAAAGGCAGUCAUGAUUGAGGUGGAUGACAGAACAGAAGCCUAUUUACGAGUCUUACAGCAAAAGGUUACCUCAGAUACACAGAUCGUUGUGUGCCUGCUGUCAAGCAAUCGGAAGGACAAGUAUGAUGCCAUCAAGAAGUACUUGUGUACAGACUGCCCCACCCCCAGCCAGUGUGUGGUGGCCCGAACCCUGGGGAAGCAGCAGACUGUCAUGGCCAUUGCCACGAAGAUCGCCCUCCAGAUGAACUGCAAGAUGGGAGGAGAGCUCUGGAGGGUGGAUAUGCCACUGAAGCUGGCGAUGAUCGUUGGUAUCGACUGUUACCAUGACACCACUGCUGGUCGGAGGUCGAUUGCAGGAUUUGUUGCCAGCAUCAAUGAAGGGAUGACCCGCUGGUUCUCUCGGUGUGUAUUUCAAGACAGAGGACAAGAGCUGGUGGAUGGGCUGAAGGUCUGCCUGCAAGCUGCUCUGAGGGCGUGGAAUAGCUGUAACGAAUACAUGCCUAGUCGGAUUAUUGUCUACCGGGACGGAGUUGGAGAUGGGCAGCUGAAAACGUUGGUUAACUAUGAAGUACCGCAGUUUCUGGACUGCCUAAAGUCUGUUGGUAGAGGUUACAACCCUAGGCUCACCGUCAUUGUGGUGAAGAAACGCGUGAAUGCCCGCUUUUUUGCCCAAUCGGGAGGACGACUCCAAAACCCACUUCCUGGAACAGUCAUUGACGUGGAGGUCACCAGACCCGAGUGGUACGACUUCUUCAUCGUGAGCCAAGCUGUGAGGAGCGGCAGCGUCUCGCCCACACACUACAACGUCAUCUAUGACAACAGUGGCCUCAAGCCGGACCACAUCCAGCGGCUGACCUACAAGCUGUGCCACGUGUACUACAACUGGCCGGGUGUCAUCCGCGUGCCUGCUCCCUGCCAGUACGCCCACAAGCUGGCUUUCCUUGUGGGCCAGAGUAUCCACAGAGAGCCCAACCUGUCCCUCUCAAACCGCCUCUACUACCUCUAACGGCGAGGACGGCACUCUGCAGCCGGCUGUGUUGGGUGUUUCUUUCUGAAAAUGGCAGCCGCGGGGUGCUCUCUGCAUGAGAGCUGGGGAGGGAACGGGGAACCUGGUGCUGGCGUCCGAUGUUACUGUGAACUGAUGUCCUUACUUCAUAGGUAAAAAGUAAGAUUGUGGCUUUCAGCUUGUUCGCCUCUCAUAAGUGUGCAACGAGGGUACUUUGUUUACUUCUUUCUGUGUUGGAUAAAAUGUGGCGGGGAAGGUUCUUUGCAUUACAGAU